CCUCUCUCCAAGAUGACCACUAGCGCACAAGGAUCGGGCUCACUGGAUAAUCUUCACUUGGCACCGCUUCGUACGUUAAGUGAUUUCCUGCUGGAAUCGGCCCGUUUCCAGCUUCCCAACUUCCAAGACUGGGAAAAGUGGGGCAACCGGGUGGUGAACAAUCUGUUGUACUAUCAAACCAACUACUUCCUGAUGAGUGCGGCCGUCUUUCUGCUCGUUGGGUUGAUUCACCCGAUGAAGGUGUUGCUUGGAUUGUCGAUCAUUGGGGUGUUGGUGUACGUGUUUGUACGGUUCUUUGCCCAGGACGCACGCCGGUCUGUCGGUGCUGAUCCAAACCAGCAACCGAACAAGUGGACCGUACUCGGUGGAACUAUUGUCGGCAGCUAUCUGGUACUGUACCUGUUCGAUUCUGUGCUGAUUGUUGCAUUUGCCAUACUGCUUCCAUUUUCGCUAACCUUCGUGCAUGCAUCGUUGCGGUUGAGGAACAUCAAGAACAAAAUCACCAAUGCAGUGGAAAUUGUUGGUGUAAAGCAAUCGCCCAUGGGACAAUUUCUGGAGGCAAUGGGCUUGAUGCCAACAGCAUUUUAA